CAGGGGACGGGAGUGAGAGCAGGAGCGACGCAGAGCGGCCAUCGCCGUGCCCGGGUCGCAGGGCGCCUGGCCAAAGUGAGCAUGGCUUCGGUGGCCUGGGCCGUCCUCCAGGUGCUGCUCCUUCUCCCCACUCGCACUUGGAGCCCCGUAGGAGCAGGAAAUCCACCUGACUGUGAUGCCCCACUGGCCUCUGCCUUGCCUAGGCCAUCCUUCAGCAGCUCCUCAGAGCUGUCCAGCAGCCACGGCCCUGGGUUUUCGAGGCUCAAUCGAAGAGAUGGAGCUGGUGGCUGGACCCCACUUGUGUCAAAUAAAUACCAAUGGCUGCAAAUUGACCUUGGAGAGAGAAUGGAGGUCACUGCUGUGGCCACCCAAGGAGGAUAUGGGAGCUCUGACUGGGUGACCAGCUACCUCCUGAUGUUCAGUGAUGGUGGGAGAAACUGGAAACAGUAUCGCCGAGAAGAAAGCAUCUGGGGUUUUCCAGGAAACACAAACGCAGACAGUGUGGUGCACUACAGACUCCAACCUCCCUUUGAAGCCAGGUUCCUGCGCUUUCUCCCUUUAGCCUGGAACCCCAGGGGCAGGAUUGGGAUGCGGAUCGAAGUGUACGGAUGUGCAUAUAAAUCUGAGGUGGUUUAUUUUGAUGGACAAAGUGCUCUGUUGUACAAACUUGAUAAAAAACCUUUAAAACCAGUAAGGGACGUUAUUUCUUUGAAAUUUAAAGCCAUACAGAGCAAUGGAAUUCUACUUCACAGAGAAGGACAACAUGGAAAUCACAUUACUCUGGAAUUAAUUAAAGGAAAACUUGUCUUUUUUCUUAAUUCAGGCAAUGCUAAGCUGCCUACCACUGUUGCUCCUGUGACCCUCACCCUGGGCAGCCUGCUGGACGACCAGCACUGGCAUUCUGUCCUCAUUGAGCUCCUCGACACGCAGGUCAACUUCACCGUGGACAAACACACUCAUCAUUUCCAAGCAAAGGGAGAAUCCAGUUACUUGGAUCUUAAUUUUGAGAUCAGCUUUGGGGGAAUUCCGACACCCGGAAGAGCACGGCCAUUCACACGUCAAAGCUUUCAUGGGUGUUUAGAAAAUCUGUAUUAUAAUGGAGUGGAUGUUACUGAGUUAGCCAAGAAACACAAACCACAGAUCCUCAUGAUGGGAAAUGUGUCCUUCUCAUGUCCACAGCCACAGACUGUCCCUGUGACUUUUCUGAGCUCCAGGAGUUAUCUGGCUCUGCCGGGCAGCUCUGGGGAGGACAAAGUGUCUGUCACUUUUCAAUUUCGAACGUGGAACAGGGCAGGACAUUUGCUUUUCGGCGAACUUCAGCGUGGUUCAGGGAGUUUCGUCCUCUUUCUUAAGGAUGGCAAGCUCAAACUGAGUCUCUUCCAGCCGGGACAGUCACCAAGGAAUGUCACAGCAGGUGCUGGAUUAAACGAUGGGCAGUGGCACUCUGUGUCCUUAUCUGCUAAGUGGAGCCAUGUGAAUGUGGUGGUGGACGAUGACACCGCUGUUCAGCCCCUGGUGGCUGUGCUCAUUGAUUCUGGUGACACCUAUUAUUUUGGAGGCUGCCUGGACAACAGCUCUGGCUCUGGAUGUAAAAGCCCCCUGGGAGGGUUUCAGGGCUGCCUGAGGCUCAUCACCAUUGGUGACAAAGCGGUGGACCCCAUCUCAGUACAGCAGGGGGUGCUGGGGAGUUUCAGGGACCUCCAGAUAGACUCCUGCGGCAUCACAGACAGGUGCUUGCCCAGCUACUGUGAGCAUGGGGGCGCGUGUUCCCAGUCGUGGGACACCUUCUCCUGUGACUGUCUGGGCACAGGCUACACGGGCGAGACCUGUCAUUCCUCUCUCUACGAGCAGUCUUGUGAAGCCCACAAGCACCGAGGGAACCCGUCCGGGCUUUACUAUAUUGAUGCAGAUGGAAGUGGCCCCCUGGGACCGUUUCUUGUGUACUGCAAUAUGACAGCAGACGCCGCGUGGACCGUGGUGCGGCACGGCGGCCCCGACGCGGUGACCGUCCGAGGUGCCCCCAGCGGGCACCCGCGCUCGGCUGUGUCCUUCGCGUACGCGGCGGGCGCGGGGCAGGUGCGGGCCGUGGUGAGCCUGGCGGAGCGCUGCGAGCAGCGGCUGGCUCUGCGCUGCGGGACCGCUCGGCGCCCGGACUCACGAGAUGGAACCCCACUGAGCUGGUGGGUUGGAAGAACCAAUGAAACACACACUUACUGGGGAGGUUCUCUGCCUGAUGCUCAAAAGUGUACUUGUGGAUUAGAGGGAAACUGCAUUGAUUCUCAGUAUUACUGCAACUGUGAUGCUGGCCGGAGUGAAUGGGCCAGUGACACAAUAGUACUUUCCCAAAAGGAGCACCUGCCAGUCACUCAGAUUGUGAUGAUGGACGCAGGCCAACCGCAUUCUGAAGCAGCUUAUACACUGGGGCCGCUGCUCUGCCACGGAGAUAAGUCAUUUUGGAAUUCAGCUUCCUUCAACACUGAGACUUCAUACCUUCAUUUCCCUGCUUUCCACGGAGAACUCACUGCUGACGUGUGUUUCUUUUUUAAGACCACAGUUUCCUCCGGGGUGUUCAUGGAGAACCUGGGAAUCACAGACUUCAUCAGGAUUGAGCUGCGGGCUCCCACAGAAGUGACCUUUUCCUUUGAUGUGGGGAAUGGACCUUGUGAGGUCACGGUGCAGUCACCCACUCCCUUUAAUGACAAUCGGUGGCACCACGUGAGGGCAGAGAGAAAUGUGAAAGGAGCGUCUCUUCAAGUCGAUCAGCUUCCUCGGAAGAUGCAGCCUGCCCCUGCUCAUGGGCACGUCCGUUUGCAGCUCAACAGCCAGCUCUUCAUUGGUGGAACGGCCACCAGACAGAGAGGCUUUCUAGGAUGCAUUCGGUCUCUGCAGUUGAACGGGGUGGCCCUGGAUCUGGAAGAAAGAGCCACAGUGACGCCAGGAGUGGAGCCUGGGUGUGCAGGACACUGCAGCACCUAUGGACACUUGUGUCGCAAUGGAGGGAGAUGCAGAGAGAAACGCAGAGGGGUCGCCUGUGACUGUGCCUUCUCAGCAUAUGAUGGGCCGUUCUGCUCCAAUGAGAUUUCCGCAUAUUUUCAGACUGGCUCCUCCAUGACAUAUCAUUUUCAAGAACAUUACACUUUAAGUGAAAACUCCAGCUCCCUCGUUUCUUCAUUACACAGAGAUGUAACAUUGACCAGAGAAACGAUCACGCUGAGCUUCCGAACCACACAAACCCCGAGCUUAUUGCUGUAUGUGAGCUCCUUCUAUGAGGAAUACCUUUCGGUUAUCCUCGCCAACAAUGGAAGUUUGCAGAUUAGGUACAAGCUAGAUAGACAUCAAAAUCCUGAUGCAUUUGCCUUUGAUUUUAAAAACAUGGCUGAUGGGCAACUUCACCAAGUGAAAAUUAACAGAGAAGACGCAGUGGUCGUGGUAGAGGUUAACCAGAGUGCAAAGAAACAAGUCAUCCUGUCCUCAGGGACAGAAUUCAACGCCGUCAAAUCUCUCAUAUUGGGAAAGGUUUUAGAGGCCGCCGGCGCGGACCCGGACACAAGGCGGGCAGCGGCGAGCGGCUUCACUGGCUGCCUCUCCGCGGUGCGCUUUGGCCGCGCUGCUCCCCUGAAGGCGGCGCUGCGCCCCCUCGGCCCCUCCCGGGUCACCGUCCGCGGCCACGUGGCCCCUGGGAGCCGCUGCGCGGCGGGGGCGGCGUCCGGCUCCCCGGCUCGGGAACUGGCUCCCCGACUCGCGGGGGGCGCAGGUCGUUCUGGACCAGCGGAUGAGGGAGAGCCCUUGGUUAAUGCAGACAGAAGAGGCUCCGCGGUCAUCGGAGGUGUGAUAGCAGUUGUGAUAUUUAUUUUGCUUUGCAUCACUGCCAUAGCCAUGCGCAUCUAUCAACAGAGAAAGUUACGCAAAGAAAAUGAGUCGAACGUCUCGAAAAAAGGAGAGUGCUAAGACAGCUCUAAACAGUGAGCUCUACGUGCAAAACACAGCCCAUGAAAGCCAGAAAGAGUGAGUCUUCUGAUUGGCAGCUGUGGCUGUCUCUAUCACCGUGACUGUGGACUUGCCUGCUGUUGCCAUCAGGGUGCACACAGUGGGUGCAGUGCUGUCACCUGGCUGAAGCCCUGCAGCCUCAGCGCCUCUGGGAGGCCCCUUUCUCCCUCCGUGAAACACAGUCCUCCACGUCAGUUUCCGAACGGUGAGUUAGGUAUGGCCAUGAAUCACCGUUCAGUAGCUUCCCCAUUCAGACUCUCUUCCAAAACUGCAGUUUGAUCUGUGUUAAUAAUUGUGGGGUUUUAGAUGAGAAAAGGAUUAUAAAGCUGUGACCCUACUUUAUUUUUUAAAAAUGACAGAACUUUUGUUCAGAUGUGAAAGACAAACUUGCACUUUGUUAAUGGAAAAUGCAUUUGUAAAAUGCUUUUUUGUUACUUGAAAACAUAUCUGGAAUCCCUCUUUUUGGCCCUCUGCUGCUGUUUAUGAAACAGGAAAUGCUUCUUGGUUUACCUUCACUGGCUUUUCCAUAGUCCUGGAAUCCAGAGCCAAGCGGCCUACCCAAAAUUUACAGCCCGUUUCUUCCCCCGUGUGAUGGUUAAUACAACACAGGAGAAGCCUGGAAAUACUACCGUCAUUUUUGGUGUAUUGCUUUUUCUAAUUGACUGUUUUUAAUCAUUUUGAUAAAUUUUAAUGUUGAAAUUAAUAUUGAAUGUUAGCUAUGAAAUUUUAGUAUUGAAUUUUGUAAUGGAACAGAAAAUCGGUAGGUAACAAGAUGCAAGAGGAUGUCAAUACAAGAUUGUCUGCCUAUUUUUCUUUGUAAUUUGUAAUUACAGUUUUUGUAAAUUGUGAUUAUGUUUUUAACUAAAUUUACAACCAGAUAUAAACACUACUUCUUACACAGAGUUAUCCUUUAUUUGUGUCAUUAAUACCUGAAUGAAACAUCAUCCUAAACUUAUUUCCCCAAAAUUUUGAGAGGUCAUAUCUGUUUUCCUCUAUCAUUCAUUUCUCUUUUUCUAAAAGUUGUUACUGAUAUGCCUUUAAUUUCCUGUGACUCUGUUAUGUUGUACAGAACAUCUUUUCAAUUUAUUAAAAAAAAAAUAGCUUAACU